AUGGCCAAAGAGUUGCAUAAGAUGAACCCUAAUCUCUAUAAAGACGAUAAUCACAAACCCGAGAUGGCUCUGGAGCUUAAGCAAGUGCUUGAAGAUGUUCCUGAGAUUGUUGAAGCGGUCGGCAUUGCAUCGGCAAAACAAGUUAUGGAUAUCCACGACCAAGGUGGCGCUGCCAAUGAAAUUAAAUCUGCUCUGCGGUCUUCGCGCACCUUAUUUGAGGAGUCUGAGGGAGAAGAAGAAUUGGUGUUGGAGUUGGAAAAGCAAUACCCCGGGGACAUCGGAGUGUUAUCGGCGUUCUUGUUGAACUACGUGAAACUGAAGGGGGGAAACUUUGUAUGUGCCGCCAAUGAGCCUCACGCGUAUUUGAGUGGGGACUGCAUCCAAGCAUGGCAACCUCGGACAAUGUCGUCCGAGCUGGUCUCACUCCCAAGCAUCGUGAUGUCCAACCCUUUGUUCCAUCCUCACUAUAACCAGGUACACUUCCCAUCUAAUCAGGAUCCCAUUUCUAUUAAGGGGUACCCUGAAAUCCUUUUGGGACUUCCAUUGAGUCCUUACAUAACAAGGUACCUGUCAACACCGUUUUUUCGCCCGAGCGAGGAAAGACCGAUAUCGACUCGGGGGUUUUCUCUUUGA